AUGACCUCUACACUCAAGAUGACCGUGCUUUUCCUUAUCGGCUGCCUGCUCAUGGCGACGAUCACUGCCCUGCCCUUCGACCGGUACAGCCGGGAGGAUGACGAACGCCUCAACGAAGUCAGUGGGGAAUGGUUCCGCAAACCCAUCCUCAGGCUGGACCGACUUUUCAGCAGUGCCGAAAGGCCGUCGGAAAGCCGGAAAUCCGUGGUCCGACCCACCAGGAACGACAGAGCCGAGUCUACGGAGAGCUCCAAGCACGCCCAUUCCAUGAUCACCACUAUGCUCGGAUUUGUGAACAGCGCCAUCAACUUUGGCAGAUCCUUUCUCCGGGACUAACGAGUUGUAUCAUCGUUAAGUUAGAUUAUGAUUUAUUUAGUUUCUAAUUAGUUUUUAAUUAAUGGAUUAA